GCCCCUCGCGCCUUUAAAGGUUAUGAACUCGCGCCGCCGCCGUGUUCUGCUGGUUUUUUAAACAGUGCUUGUUUAAUUACUUACGCUACUUACUAACCCUUCCAAUUUGUACUUAAUUUAUGCUUUUUUUGGAACAUUCACCGUCAGCUUACUCGUUUGGUUCGAUCUUGUCAUUUUCCCCGUUUGUUAUUGUUCCUGCAGUGUAGCUUGCAGCGGCUAUUGUCUAACUCGUGCACCAAGAGGCAAUCCACGUCGUACACUGAUAAUCACGCUUGACGUUGCUUAUCGGGAUAAUCUACAUUCUCACAAUGUCGAACAAGGUUCAAGAAUACAAAGAUUCACUCAAAUCCAAGGCUGAGCAGUUGAUUAUCAAAGGAUUUCCAGACAAGAUUGUCCAGCUGAAUGAAAUCCUUGAAACACCAAGGUUCAGAAACAGAGAUUUGAAAGAAGUCCACCAAGAUGUAAACAUACCCAUUCCAGAUCCAGUUAUGAUUAAUCAUUCUGAAGAUGGACCAAACUCUAAAAGAAUGAAACUAGAAAACAGCAUUGACGAAACUCCUGGUACCAAAGUAAUGAUUCUACCAAAUGGCUUAGUACCGUGCAAUAAACCACUUUGUGAUCUAAUUGUUAUAGUUAAACCAUACAUUAGACAGCUCCUGGAGGAUUCCAAUCUUCUAAAAAUGUGGAUUUCCUUCAUGAUUCCUAAAAUAGAAGAUGGAAAUAAUUUUGGAGUCUCAAUUCAAGAGGACACACUUGCCGAAGUUCAAGCUGUUGAAAGCGAAGCCGCUGCAUUUUUUGAUCAAAUUUCAAGGUACUUUGUUUCAAGAGCAAAAAUUGUGAGUAAAGUCGCCAAGUAUCCUCACCUGGCCGAUUACAGACGAGCUAUUCAAGAGCUUGAUGAGAAAGAAUAUUUAAACCUAUGGCUAGUGAUGUGUGAAAUACGCAAUCGCUAUUGCUCGCUACACGACCUUGUAAUUAAAAAUUUAGAAAAGAUCAAGAAACCUCGUUCCUCGAAUGCAGAAUCUUUGUACUGAUUUACAUGAUCACUGGACAUUACGAAAAUUUUUUAAUUUAAAUACGAUUGGAGAAAAGUGCCGAAAUUUUUUUUUUUUUUUCCAAGUUCUUAAUCGACGCUUACAACUCAAUUACUAAUAACUUGCAGUACGACACUUUUUUUACGUAGCAAAUAAAUAUAUUAAGGUCGCGCUUUAAUGUAUAUAGCAUUGUCGUAUUAUAUUGUACUCUGUAUUCUUUUAAGCUAAUGUUCGUGAAACAGCUGAAUCAAGACGUUUGUAACGCCUGUGUAUGAAGAUGCACUGUACGUGACGUUGUGAACAAUUAAGUAAUAAAUUGUCAAGCGAUAAAUGUUUCUCAAAGUUAGGAACCGAAACAAAGAUUAUGAUUCAUGGAGUACAAACUUAAUUGAUUCUUCAAGUUUUAGAGAAUAAAUAAACUGUCUCAAGUGUAAAAA